AAAAAGAUUUCUUCCCCGUAGAAAGAGUGAAGAGCUUCAUAGACAAAUCUCUCUCUCUCUCUCUCUCUCUCUCUCUCUCUCUCUCAAUUUGAAAAUCCCGAACGAACAUCGAUUUUCUGAGUCGUCUUCACUAGUCUUAAUCGAUCUGUUACUGUGUAAUUCCGAAUCUUCUGAGGAUAUGAACAAGUUCGCCUCCGCCAUGGAUCUCGGCUGCCUGGAUUUGGGAUGCAUCUCAGUCUCCGACAAGUUCAGCGGCGGAGAAGCUGUUGAUUCUCGGCGCAAAGAUGCCGAUCCUGUAGAAUUUGCAGUUUCGAAAUCAGGACAGCGUAGGUCACCAAAGCAGACAUCAGCUCUCCGCAAAUCACAGUCAAAGAAGCCAUCUCAACGUAAAACCUCUCCUGUUGGCUGGUUCCCUCGGAAAAAGGUGGACUCAUACCUGGAUAGGAAGAUAAAGAAGCUACAGGAGGUAGAUGGCAUGAACCAGACUCUUGACGAGACUCUUGGUGACUCGAAUCCACACUACUGCCGAAUUGUAAGAGAACAAAUGGCUGUGAGAGAGGCUGCCUGCAAGGCCAUGGAGGCCCGUAAGGCUGCAUUGGUUGAAGCAUCUUGGUGUCGAAUUCUUCGAGCUGCAAGGAUCCCAUGUAAAGAAGCAGAAACUCUGAUGUCAAACACGGAAAAGGCUGCAGCCGAAGCUUUUGAAGCAGCAUCUGCAAUGGGAGUGAUAAUGUAUGAUAAACCGAAUAGCUCAAGGAAACGGUGUCAGAUCGAAACCUCAUCAGGACACGGAGGAGGAUCUCCUACCCAUACUGUCACGGCAUCUUUCGAGACAGCAUUUGAUGUAGAUAAAGAAGUGGCUGCUGCUGUCAAAGCAGCAUUUGCUAGGCUUGCAAACCGUCCCUCAUUCAGCAAAGAUGAGUUUAAGGAGCUUCUUAAGAAAAUCAGCGAGAACCCUGAUGUGCAUGAAAAUCACGAAAUAUCCGAGGUCUCUUCAGAAUGUGAAACCGAGUCUGAUUUUGAACCUGACACUCUACAUAAGAGUGGCGAAGCAGAGGCCGAAUGCCAAAAGACGUCAUCAUCAUAUCUUGAGAUGAGACAGUUAAAAGCCAAGAGGAGACAAUCCUUUGGGAAGCUUAACAGGGAGAAGCUAGUAGAUAUGAUGUUUGAAAGGCUUCGAGGCUUACAUGAAGAUGAACUUUCGUCUCUCGCCACUAUAGUAGCAACUUGUGGUUUAAAUGCGGCCUUAGCUGAAGUUGGACACCUAAGGCUUCAAAAUCUAAACCCUGAAACUUCUGUCUCGGCUCAUGAACUUUUGGGUAAGAUGUCUUCUACAGAUAGGGGAUCGAGCAGAGAUUCCAAUUUUGAGUCCUUCAUGGAGGGGAAAACUCCGAAGAAACCAAGUGAGUCGGAGAUCCCUAGUUUGGAAAAGUUCCUAGUCAAGCGUAUGACAAAACUUGAAAAAGUGGUUCAUCAAGCUAAGAUGAUGGCUGCAAUGGAUGCAGCGCCUAAGGAAGACAAAAAUCCAGUUAAUGAAGCCCGACCCGAGCCAGAGGUACCGAGUUUGGAUAAAGUUUUAGUGAAGCACAUGACAAAACUCGAAAGAGAAGUGUUUGAAGCCAAGAUUGCGUCCAAAGAUGUAAAAGGCAAUCCUGACAAAGUUGCUUCACACGAGAAUAUUCCAGAUUUGGGAAGUGUUCUUGUGAAAAACUCUUCGAGGUUUGAGCGGGAGAUUGCAGAGGCCAAAAAGAAUGCAGGAACAAAUUUCGGGGAAUACCGAAAGAUCUCUAGCAGAAAUCAUCUACCUUCAUCAGAACCUGUACCUGACUUGGAAAGUCUACUAGUAAAGAAGCACUGUUCAAGACUGGAGAAGGAAAUCGAAGAAACUAAAAAGAACUCCGGGAAAAUGUACGAAAACAUCAAGAAGCCAGUGAAAUGUAGAACUGAAGCAGCAGAACCUGAAGUUCUUCCUAGCCUGGAAAAUAUUGUGGUAAAACACGUCUCGAAGCUAGAGAAAGAGGUCCAAGAAGCAAAGAAAAAAAGCAAAGCAGAUCUCGAAUCGAGAAACUCGAGAAAGAUGGGCGGAGAAUCGGGAAAAGAAAACGUGGACUCAAACAACGACAUCAGCAGAAGGUCUGAGACAGAGGAUACGAAAAGCGAAAGUCCGGUUCACAGGUUGGAAAGAGAAAGAAUGAUGAAAACGCUCGAUGAAUCGAGGACAAACUAUGGAAACAGGAGAAACAAAGCAGCGAAAAACGAGACGGAACUCGAGAGCUUGGACAAAGUUUUGGUGAAACAUGUCUCACGGCUUGAGAAGGAGAAAAUGAGGUUCCUCCACCAAGCAGAUGAAAGAGUCAUCCAAUAUAAAAAGGAAGAGGAGAAGAAGGAAACAACGACAAAUAAGGAAGGAAGCUUGGAUCAGAUACUACUGACCAAACAGCAUAAGACGAGACUCGAUAGAGAGAAGAUAGCAGCAGCAGCAGCAGCAGAGACGGAGCAAUCGGGAGAGCAGACGAAGCAAUGGCUGACGAGACGACAAGCCAGAGACCGGGAAAUGCAAGAAGCUUGGGGUGGCUUAGACCUCGGGAACUCUAUCCGUCCACGUCUCUCGAAACUUGAAAGAGAAAAGGCUGCUUGGAUUAAAGCCGAGGAAGAAGAGCGGAGGAAAGCAAUGAAUGGCAUUUAGCAUCUCCGACCGAGACCAGUAUCCGACCACUAUUCACUCUAUAUUGUCUAUAUGAUGUCAUUGCCUAGAUGUCUUUUCUCCUUCACGAAUGAUAAAGGGAUUUGACAAGAGACAAAUUGGUUAAGGCUCUGGAAAUUUAGAGAAAUUAUUAAAGUUGGUUAACAAUUUAGGAUGGCUUUUUA